GGGCGCCUCUGCCUGGAGCUCGUUUCCCUCCCAGCCCCACUCCCCAGGGAUUCCCUCACCUCCUAGUCCAGGCUGAGGAGCCCCCUAGAAAAGCAGCCGGGGGGUGGCCGGCUGAGGGCUCCGCCGUUCCCUGCAGGGGGGUUGGGAGAACUUCCUUGGGAGGAUUUCUCCUCCGCCCGCUUUGGGAUUCCCGGCCGCGCUCUCCAGCCCAAGUGGGGGAGCGGGGUGGCCCCAAGCCGAGCGCUGCCUCCUCUUGCCAGCCGAGCCGGAGGGGAGGGGCGGGGGCUGGUCGUGUGAGUUCAGGCGGGUCGGGCUGGGGUAGGGUUGGGAACUCGGGUCCUGGCGGCGGAGGAGAGCGGAGCCGGAGGGAGCGCGAGCCAGAGGCCCCCGCGCUAGCUGCCUCGCCCCGGGUGCCCGGCAUGGGAUUGCAAUAAGGGAGCGCGGGGCGCCAGCAGCAAACUUCCGCAGGCGCGGGAAGUCUCUGAGGGGACCAGCGGCGGUGCCAACAUGAAAGACGACUUUGCAGAAGAGGAGGAGGUGCAGUCCUUCGGUUACAAGAGGUUUGGUAUUCAGGAGGGGACUCAAUGUACCAAAUGUAAAAAUAAUUGGGCACUGAAGUUCUCCAUCAUUCUACUAUAUAUUUUGUGUGCCUUGCUAACAAUAACAGUAGCCAUUCUGGGAUACAAAGUUGUAGAAAAAAUGGACAAUGUUACAGGUGGCAUGGAGACAUCCCAUAGAAGAUACACUGAGAAACUCACAGAAGUGGAGAGUGGUCUGAAGAAAUUAGAUGACCAAACUGGAGAAAAAGAUAUGAGCACUAACAAAGAACUUUCUAGCUUCAGAUCUGACAUUCUGGCUCUUCGCCAGCAGCUUCAGGAGAUUGCAGAGAAAACCACCAAAAACAAGGAUACACUGGAGAAGCUGCAAGAUUCUGGAAGUGUAUUAGAUGACAGGCAGAGCCAAAUGAAAGGGGUCUUGGACAGCAACUCCUUCAUGAUCAUCACUGUCAAUAAAACACUCCAAGCAUACACUGGUUAUAUCAACAAUCUCCAGCAAGACACAAGUAAUAUCCAAACAAAUUUGCAAAGCCAAAUGCAUUCUCAUAAUGUGGCCAUCAUGAAUUUAAACAACUUAAAUCUGACGCAAGUUCAACAAAGGAAUCUUAUCAGUAUUUUGCAGAGGUCUGUGGAUGAUACAAGUCAGGCUAUCCAAAGAAUCAAGAAUGACUUUCAAAAUCUGCAACAGGUUGUCCUUCAAGCACGAAAGGACACUGAUUGGCUUAAGGAAAAAGUGCAAAAUUUACAGAUGUUAGCAGUCAACAACUCAGCAUUGGCCAAAGCUAAUAAUGAUACACUUGAAGAAAUGAAUAGUCAACUUAACUCAUUCAGUGGGCAAAUGGAGAACAUCACCACAGUCGCUCAAGCCAAUGAACAAAAUCUUAAGGAGCUGCAGGAGCACCAUAAAGAUUAUGAGAACAGAACUUCUGCCAAGUUUAACCAGUUAGAAGAGCGCUUUCAGCAAUUUGAGACAGAUAUAGUUAAUAUCAUUAGCAACAUCAGCUACACUGCACAUCACCUGCGGACACUGACUAGCAAUCUCAAUGAGGUCAGGACAACUUGUACAGACACCUUAAGUAAACACACAGAUGACCUGACUUUUAUGAACAACACACUUGCCAAUAUUCGUUUAGAUUCUACAUCUCUCAGGAUGCAACAGGAUGUGAUGAGAUCAAGAUUAGAUGUGGAAGUUGCAAAUUUGUCACUAAUUAUGGAAGAAAUGAAGCUGGUAGAUUCCAGACAUGGACAGCUCAUCAAGAACUUCACAAUACUGCAAGGACCUCCAGGUCCAAGAGGACCUAAAGGUGACAGAGGACCCCAAGGGCCUCUUGGUCCCACUGGCCUAAAAGGGCAGAAAGGAGAAAAGGGUGAGCCAGGGCCACCAGGACCUGCUGGUGAAAAGGGCCCAGUUGGGCCAAUCGGGCCACCAGGAGAAAAAGGUGGGAAAGGUUCAAGAGGAUCACCUGGUUCCAAAGGUCAGAGAGGUUCUACUGGCAAGACUGGUCUGCCAGGACCUAAUGGAGACCCAGGACCACCGGGACCACCUGGCAAAGAUGGUCCUCCAGGUCCACCAGGUCCACCAGGAUUUCAAGGACUGCAAGGAACUGUUGGAGAGCCAGGGGUACCUGGUCCUCGAGGACUGCCUGGUCUGCCUGGCGUGCCAGGGUUGCCUGGGCCCCCUGGGCCUCCUGGGCCACCAGGUCCAGGGAUGCCCAUGGCACUGCAAAGUGAGCCGACAUCAACACCUGAGGCUAAUGGUUGUCCUGCUCACUGGAAGAACUUUACAGGAAAGUGUUACUACUUUUCAUCUGAAAGAGAGGUCUUUGAAGAAGCAAAAGUUUUCUGUGAGGAGAAGUCCUCACAUCUGGUUAUCAUAAACAACAGAGAGGAGCAGCAAUGGGUAAAAAGACAGAUUGCUGGGAAAGGUAGCUUCUGGAUUGGACUCACAGAUACAGACCAAGAGAAUGAGUGGAGAUGGCUGGAUGGAACCUUACCAGAGUACACAAACUGGAAAAGUGGGCAACCUGAUAACUGGAGUACAGGGCAAGGGCCAGGAGAAGACUGUGCUGGAUUGAUCUCUGCUGGGCUCUGGAAUGAUUUUCAAUGUGAAGAUGUUAACAAUUUUAUUUGUGAGAAAGACAUGGACAAAGUUUAGGCACCUGGAUUAUAACAAGUUAUGAAUUUAUGGACACAAAUACAGAUUACUAAAAAUCUUAUGGGUCAUCAUCUCCUAACAAAA